AUGAUGGAUGAGCUCUUGUUCAGUCUCGGCAUUGGUGUCACGCAGAUCAGCACCAAUCAUAUUGGCCGGCGAAUCGCCAGCCACAGCCACGCGGCGAUACAGUAUGUUUCACAGUGGAUUACUCGCAGCAUAUAUGUUGACCUUGCCUCGCAUCUCCUCACAUAUCCUUCAGCUUCCUUCCUCCUGUCUGCACAGCAAGCACCUGGUCAGAUGGCAGAACCGGUAGGGCUAGCCUCAGGCGUCCUGGCCCUAGCAGGCUUCGCUUUCAAGGCCGGCAUCAAACUCCGCGAUACGAUCCAAGAAUUCCAGAACCAACCCCGCCAGGUACGAGAGCUCCUUACGGAGCUUGCGGGCCUAGUUUUGGUGCUACAGAAACUCUCUAAGAUCAGCGAUCUCGGCCUUGAUGUAGACAUCACGGCUCUUCGGCUCACACUAGAACAGUGCAAGCGGUCUUGUGACGAGGUCGAAGCCGAGCUACUUACGUACUGCUCACGGUCUGUUCUCGAUCGGACGAGCUUCCGUGACUGGGCCAAACUCAGGUGCAGCGGCGGUGAUGGCAUUGAAGGCUUUCGGCAGCAGCUGAUAGGAUACAAGUCCACGAUCACCGUCGCCCUGAGCUUUGCAAAUCUGUUGGUCUCCCUGGGCCAGCUAACGAAGUGUUCAAAGUUGCGCAUCUGCUACUACUACCGAAGCCCAAUCCAGCAAAAGCUUGAGGCCCUGGCUCAACGCAGCUCUGCCGGUCCUGGCCUGGACAAGGUCACCCAGCAACGCAUGGAAGAAGAACAGCGCAGUACGGAAAAGGGUCUCGAAUUCUGUGCCACGCUCUCACAGGCAAUCGAGAAAAUCCAGGUCGAUUUCUUUGGAGGCAAAAGCGGGCUUCCCAACUUGGCAAGCUCUGAUUCAACCUCUGGAAUGCUACUUGGGGAGGGACUUGAUGGUUGUAUGCAUCACAUGCGUUUCACGCUCGAUCAACUCGAAAAGCACCGAAAGAAGAUAACCGAAAGUUUGGGUACUGGCUCGGCAGCCUCUAUGUCUGCGCAAGACCAGGCCUCGCUUAACAAGCUUCAAGCUGAAGAGAAGACAUUACAGCAAUGCCUGAACUUUUGCUCGGAUGUCGACGCGGUCUUAGAGUCGCAGGUCAGCAACAUAGAAAACAAUGCAGAAGGCGACGACAGUAUCCAGCUUAUGGUGUCUACGGAUGGCAAGCGAUUUAAUGGCAAAAACCGAGGUAUUGGUCUGAGGCUAAAGCAAGCUGGUGGUCAUUUUAGUGAGGGGUCCUUGCAGCAGGUGUCUCAAGACUUUAAAGCCAUCAGCAUUCACUAUACCGGAAUCCAGGAGCGAGCGCCGGGACGUUCAACGCCGAUGGCAGAGGACAAUAAUACGCCCCCUCAAGCCGAGUCACCUUUCGGUAACCGCCACGGACCAGGCGUCACGCUUGCCAAGCACGGUGUACUGGCCGGCCCUGCCGGUUGGACUGGUGGUGGCUCGUAA